UGUCGGGUUCGCACUCUGCAGUAGAACGUUAGCAGCUGUGUUCGGUUCCGAAUCCGAGAUGGACCGAGACGUAGAGGACGAAUAUUAUAACUAAAUCGCCGAAGCGUGGCUUUUACAGGAAGGGACACAUCGAGCCUGGUUUUAACGAAGAUGACGAAGCUUGUUUGAAGAAACAGCCAAGUAUCGAACCGCUCGCCCAGGCUACUCCGUCUCCCCUCCUGGCCUCAGCAGGCCAGGGAAUGUCCGAGUGGCAAGAUGCCUUAUGUGGACCGACAGAACCGCAUCUGUGGCUUUCUGGACAUUGAGGAGAAUGAGAGCAGCGGCAAGUUCCUGCGUCGUUACUUCAUACUGGACACCCAGCAGGGAAGCUUGGUGUGGUUCAUGGACAACCCACAGAACUUGCCUGUUGGUACAGACAGUGUUGGCUCGCUCAAGCUCGCUCACAUCUCUAAGGUCAGCGAUGCCACUAAGCUAAGACCAAAAGCCGAGUUCUGCUUUGUCAUCAAUGCUAAGAUGAGGAAGUACUUCCUGCAGGCCAAUGACCAGCAGGACUUGGUGGACUGGGUCACCGCUCUCAAUAAAGCCACCAAGAUCACUGUGCCAAAAUUGUCUGACAACCAGCAGAACUCCGAAAACCAGAAGGUUUUGCCUGACGUUGUAGGAGCCAAGAAACAAGUUUCCUACAAAACAGAAAUAAUUGGAGGAGUGCCCAUUGUUACCCAAACACAACAUGAAGGUGGUGACUCUGCUAACAAACUGGAGCGUGAGGCCAUGCAACGCUCCCACAACCAGCUGCCGUAUUUUCUGAGCAGGCCAGCUCAGGAGAACACGAUCAUCAAGUCAGGCUACUGUGUCAAGCAAGGAGCUGUGAUGAGGAACUGGAAACGCCGAUAUUUCCUCUUGGAAGAAAAUGCUUUGAGUUACUUCAAGUCAGAUUUGGAGAAAGAGCCUUUGAGGAUGAUCCCACUAAAAGAAGUUCACAAAGUCCAGGAGUGCAAACAGAGUGACAUCAUGAUGAGAGAUAAUCUGUUUGAAGUUGUCACCACAUCAAGGACGUUUUAUAUCCAGGCGGACAGUCCAGAGGAGAUGCACAGCUGGAUCAAGGCUGUCUCAGGGGCCAUUGUAGCUCAGAGGGGGCCUGGGAGAUCAGCAGCUACAGAACACGGCAGCCGCUCCACGUUUUACCGCAGCCCAGCAGGUCCCCCCGUCCCUCGCUCGCCCAUAUCCGCAGUGCCACCGUGCUACCCAGAGUGGGGAGAUUCUGUCACGUGCGGCGCACGCCCGCAGCCUGGCGUGGGACAGCGAGCACUUCAUGAGCCUGCUGCCACGCCCCAUUCACAGCCACACGCCAGCACGCCUGUCCCUGCAGGAGACACACCUAGCAAAGUGAGCACCCAGCUACCCGCAACCACCAACGCCAACUCCGAGGAGUCACCGUGGCGACGUCGGAGCAGCUUCGAGCCCCGCAGGCCUGAAACCCCCUUUGGAAUAGAUGAUGCUGAUCUGCCAGUGAGCGAGGUCUGACCCACUUUACUGGACUUCAAGGCCGCAUCUGUUGAUGGAUGCUGACUGGGAACUAAUGGAUAAACAGGAAACUGUUUAUUAAACAGCAGUUUCACAAACUCAUCCUCUGAGCUCUUGCAUCUGAACAAGGGUCUGAAUUGCACUUGUGUGCCAAAGGCAACAGAGUCCUCUCCGAAACCCCUCGGCCUGCCCGCUGAACCACUUACAAAGGCACAGGUACUCCUAGACGUUAAAACAAACAGCAGAUUUUACUUGUUCUGAAUCAAAUUCAGCAGCAGAGCUUUGUUUUAACAUGCGGGCACAAUGACUUUUGUAAACCACUUUGCGCCAAAAAAAAUAAAGAAGCUUGUAGGAAUGCAACUUUUUUCCUAAUUUCUGAAAGGAGUGUUUCAACUUCGGACGGGCUUGUCGGCACCGCUUACAUCAACAAUGUUAGGUUCUCUGCUCCGUUCACACUCAUUACAGCAACACUGGACGAAACAGACUAAAUGUUUUACAGCUCAACUUUGGAUAG